UGCCUGCCGUAGUCUCCAUCAUAUACUGUGGUGCCAAACUUUCCCAACUUUCAUUCUACCUACACAUUCCCUUCACACAUCAAUCCUUUGAGGGGCCGUCUGUCAUAUCACUGCACCUCGAAUCAUAAAAGCCGCUCCACUGAUUCACCAACAAUUCCAACCUCAACAAACAGAAACAACGAACUACAAUGCUCAGCACGCUCUCCCGGCGCGCCACCAGCGCCCUCCCCCUCAUCCGAGCCUGCACACCCCAUCAUUAUCCCACGCAGCCCUUUUCAACAGCACGCCUCUCUCGUCGAUCACGCUUGCCAACUACCCCCCUCACAACACCACCUCCGACGACCCUCUCCCUACCCUCGAUCAUCGCCAACCAACAGACCCGACGCACGCUCACGACCGCCCAGAAAUGGAAGCUCGGGCUGCGCAAAGCCCGCAAGGACAUCUGGCGCAAGAACCCGAUCGUCCUCCCGCUGGCCCUCUUCUCCAUCUUCAGCGCCACCUGUCUGUUCGCCUACAUCGCCUACGUCGAGGUGACGCAGGUUGCGCCGCAGUACAGCAAGUUCCCGCCGCCGAUGGCGGAGCGGCUGCGCACGGCGGUCUACUACACGGACGUGGAUCUGCAGCCGCAGAAGGCGAUGGUCGCAUACAAGGAGGCACUGCAUAUCGGGCAUGAGAUGGGCCUGCACACGUGCUCGGACGAGAUGCUGGGCGUUCGGCUGCAGGUGGCGCAUAUGCUGGAGAAGGCGGGGUUGGUCGAGGCAGCGGUGAAAGUGUUGGAGGAGACACGGCAGCAGGCGCUGAAUUGGGUAAAUGAGACCAGGAAGAACCGCAUGCUCUCCCCGGAGAAACGGGCGAAGAAGACGACGACGACGGCGGGGCUGGAGGAUCUGAAGAAGAGCUACGAGGCGACGCAGGCGCGCACUGCGAAGGAGUCCAAGGAGGAUGUGGCGGCCCUGUCCAAGGCAGGCGCUCAACCUGACCAGCUCGCCGACAAACCCCCAGAGCUGGCCUCCGAUGCUGCGGCCGUGGAAGAAGAGUAUCAAGCGUGGGAGGACCGGCAGACGAACAAGGUGCUCAAGAAAGUGAUCGGCAUGUCGAUGAAGCUGGCCGAGCUCUACGAGAGCGACUACAUACAGAACUCGGACCGUGCCGAGGAGUGCCAGCGCUAUGCUGUUGACCUCUGCCUCCGGGAAAUGCAACGGCGCGUGCAACUUGGCCUUCCCGUCGGCAACCAAACGAAUGCCACCGCAGCGGGUGACAACAACAACAACAACCACGAAGACGACGAUGGCUGGCUGAACCUCGAGGAAAUCGCUGUCGCCCUGAAAGACCUGGCCACCUUGUACUUCAACCAGCAGAAAUACGACCUCUGCCUGCCGCUGUUCAUCCGCUCCGCCGAUCUGAUGUUGACCGCUGAGGGCGAGACCCCCACCUGCAAGCAGCCCUUCCUCAUGUCUUCAAUCGGCGCAGCCAUCGGCGAGAUUGCCGCCGCUCCGAAGCCCCCCGCGGGCAUGCGGGCCCCGCGGGAGCAGUUGAUCGCGCAGGCCCGUCAGUGGCUCGACAAGACCCGCGAGGUCGCCGACAAGAUCGACCCGCAGGGCCAAGAGGCGGAGUGCAACGAGGCCUGUGUCUCUGCGCUGCGUAGUCUAGGCGAGCUGGCUCGGUUGGAGAAUAAGCUCAAGGACGCUAAGAAACAUUACACAGAGGCUCUGCGUAUCGCGCAGCGCUUAGAGGAUCCCAGCCUGGUCGAGAGCGUCAAGGCUGGACUGAAAGAGAUCAAGGCGUAGGUAGAUACAAUCAUCAGAUAGGCUCGGGGCUUUUUUUUUUCAGCCUGAACAUGGCUCUCCCAAAACUGUACAUUAUAUGAGAUUUAGAAAGUAGUUUCGACUGCUGUAUUUGUCAAUGUCAAGGCCAAGAGUCGAGGCCCAGCUGAGUUGAGCA